AUGAGUGGUGCCAGCAAGGGUUCCAGUGCGCUACGCUCCACUGCACCGCCUCGAGAGAAGUCGCAAACAAAACGAUCUCCAUUCUUCAGAAAGCGAUCAAAAGCUGCACGAUCUAAGGAGACGAUGAAAGAUCUUAAAACUGGCGAGCAAAGCUCGUCAGCAGUGAAUAAGACGAAAAAAGCUGAAACAGCAAAACGGAAGACAAAUCCUCGCUCUAAAAAUAUGAAGAAAGAAGCAGAACAAGACAACAAACCUUCAUCCAGGUCGUUGUCAGAUGGAACAUACGAGGACGUUCAGCUAUCCGCAGUACCAAUAGCAAAAAAGGAAAACGUCAAAUCAAAACAAUCAAAAAGAAGUGAUAGGGGAAAACAAGCAUCAGGAAAAAAAGAAGUCGAGCAAAAGGCUGUUACCACGCCUCGCUUCUCACCGAAGUCACCAGCCCUUACGACAAAGUGUCGUGCUGGUAGCGUAACGAAGGACACACAAAUUGAAACACUUGAUGAGGAAAAUAGCGGUCCUGGGAGAAGUGAUAAAACAGCAUCUUCUCUGGAGGAAUUUCAUACAGGGAAUUCGCUAUGGAACGGUUAA